AUGCAGAAACGAUGAGAUAUGACAAGUACUUUGUAUCUGAGAUAUCCAAAUUUUAACUGUAUCUAUGAAAAUUGUUUGAAGUAACGUGAGUAAUUGCAUGGUACGCAUUUCGUCUGCCAUAAAGGACUAACAGGCAGUUGGCAUCUGAAAUAAUACUGUGCUACUAUGGCCACAGGUGGCAACCGACUGGUGGUUGCUGCUUUUGACUUCGGAACGACGUAUUCUGGUUGGGCAUUUUCAUUGAAAAACGAUUUCCAAGCGGAUCCGUGCAAGGUACAAGCGAAAAUAUGGGGUGGAAAUCCACUGUCAUCUUUGAAAGGACCAACAUGUGUGUUAAUCGAACCGGAUGGCAAAACCUUGGGAACGUUCGGUUUCGAUGCAGAGACGCGCUAUAGCCAACUGAGUUUUACAGGAGAACACGCAAAGUGGUACUAUUUCCACAGAUUCAAAAUGAUUCUUUGGAACAAGCCGAUACAUAAGGACACAAUGCUGGAUGACGAAACUGGUAAAAGCCUUAGUGCCAUGACUGUGUUCUCGUUAUCCAUAAAAUGCAUGGUAGAUGAUUUGACCGCUAUGGUUAAUCAGCGGAUUAGCGGUUUGGAUCAGAAAGACAUUCAUUGGGUACUUACAGUUCCAGCGAUAUGGAAUGAUGCAGCAAAACAGUUUAUGAGACUCGCUGCUGAAGAGGCUGGAAUAUCCAGUACACUGUUGACGAUUGCAUUAGAACCCGAGGCUGCAUCUAUAUACUGCAGACACAUCCCCGUACAAGUAGGCGAAACAGGAAGUAUUUCAAGAUUUCAACCGGGCCACAAAUACCUUGUUUUAGAUGCAGGAGGUGGAACAAUCGACAUAACUAUACACGAGGUAUGCGACGGAGUACAACUUAAAGAACUAUACAAGGCUACAGGCGGAGCCUGGGGUGGAAAAAUGGUGGACAACGCUUUCCUGGAUUUUAUCGCUGCAUUAAUAGGAAAAGACAUGCUAAAGCGGUUCAAAGAAGAGCACAUGGAAGACUACAUAGACCUUCUCCGUGACUUUGAGGUUAAGAAACGAGCUACGGACUCGACAAGUGAAAAACUUCUGAUCCUUAAAAUACCGUUAGCUCUUAUUGAGCUUGUAAACAGCAAAGGACGUUCAUUUCAACAAAUUGUACAGUCUUCACAAUACGCAAAACAGACCAUUCUCUCGGGUGACAAGUUUCGUAUUGAUAUGAACAUUUUUCGGUCAUUCUUCAAGCAAUCAGUUGAUGAGAUUGUUCUUCAUGUGAAUCAGCUGCUAAAGAUGGAUGAGGCAUCGGGCGUGGAUACAAUACUGAUGGUUGGAGGAUACUCAGAGUCACCGAUGCCGAAUGAGAGCAUCAAAAAGGAAUUCGCAAGACUGAAAGUAAUAGUUCCGCCUGAUGCAGGUCUUGCGGUUCUAAAGGGUGCUGUAAUAUGUGGACACUGUCCUAAUUUUAUCACACAAAGAGUGGCCAAGUAUAUCUAUGGCGUGAAAUCCAAGAGGCCGUUUGUUAAGGGAAGCGAUCCUGUAGAAAAACUAAUUAAAACUGAUCUUGGGGACUAUUGUGAUGACCAAUUCAGCAUCUUUGUGCAAACCGGUCAAACGCUUAAUGCCGGCGAAUAUCAGUUCGAAAAGAAAAUAGGAACUGCAUUCAUAGUUAACAAAUCUUUCAACAUUGAUAUAUACACCACGACAAACAAAGAUGUCAAAUACGUCACAGAUGAAGGAUGUACGAAGAUAGGUUCUAUGAUUGUUCCAAUUUCUGGUAGAGGUAUUGAUCAACGGGUUAUUGUUCGAUUUAAGAUUGGUGGCACCGAAAUAAAGGUUGAAUGCAAAGAAGAGACUACUGGUCGAAUUACUAGCACGUCCGUCGAUUUAUUGACAUAACUUCGUCCCUUUGCGCAAACUCAAUAAAACAUUUUAGAAUACCCGUUGAUAACAUUAGUUAAGGAACACAACGGACUGCGUACAUGGUUUUCAGCAGCUCAAAAUUGUUAAGCCUUGUUCCUAACUAGGAACAGGUCACGAAAGCGCUACAUAGACCAAACAAUUGAAAUAAUAGAAUUAAAAAAAGCAAACAACAUUGGAUUAACACCUAAGAACUGUUUAUUUAAAUGAUUCGGAUUUUAAAACGAUUAAAGCGAUAUCCUAAACUUUAACUUGGUCCAGAGUUAUUAACACAUAAGAUUUUGGUGUAACAAAACAGCAACGAAAUUCAUAUGUCGUACUCUGAUUUCAAGCAAUUGAUAUGGAUUUAUAAAAAUGUCAUUUAACAACCCCAUACAACUUAAAACAGUCCAGAGGAAAACAUUGGGUAUUAUAGAAAAAGGAGCGCAAAAUAAAAACAAUAUUACCCGACCUUCCUACACUGAUGUUUGGAGAUGUUUUGGAAACAUUACAUUUAUUUUCUAGACUUAUUUAAAGUCACAUUAUGGACGAUUACAAGCGGCGCAUAGACGAUCAAUUAGGUUUCUAGGACACAUGAGCUUCCAACGAUAUCGUGCUCUCAACUGCAUUGUGUUAAGCGGUACAAGACCGAUAUCGCUACACCGAUUCACAUCUGCCUAAAACGAAACUUGAUUAUAACGUUACUUUCCUGUCGCUGAAGUGUCUUAUUAUUUAUGACAGUUCAUUACUAAAUGUCAUACGUCAUGUAUAUUAUGUUCAAGGAUUUUGUUUUGCCUGUCAGAUAUGUGUUUGUUACGUUCAUUUGUAGAGAAUAUUGUAAAUCCGGACAUGCCGUCCAGGAAGUCUAUCUUCGUUGGAUAACAAUCAAAUCUUUGUUGUUUAUUUUCAUGUUUGAUGAUAAACAUGAUAAAUUAGAUAGAUUUAAUUUACAUUUGGAAUAAAUAUGUUUAAAGAUUACUUAAAUAAUGUCUACGCGUUAUAAAAACGAAAAAAUAAUGGAAGUUGUUGAGUGAUCGAUAAAUGACAGUGCACAACUAUUUUGAAUUUUACACGCUUUAAUCGAUACAUCUUUUGUUUAAAUUAUUUCUAUGUGAUUUUUAUGUUUACAAUAUUUUUUUCUAGUAUAGUACUUCUUAUUGCGAUAUUUCGAGAAAUAUUAUAACGCUAAUUUGAUUCUAUAAAUUGCUGUAUUAAAUUUAUAGAAAUACAUACGUUGAAAACGUG